UUAGACACUUUUCUAUUUUCCCUCUCCCCAGCUGGAUUAGAUUGCUUCAACUGGCUCCCGACGUUAAUGUUAAGAUACAUGCUGUACAUGUCAUGGCUUUGUUGAAAAUGAUCCUCAUCCUUUGUAAGCUUCUUCCAUUAGUGAGCACCAUAAAUCCCAUCUUCUUGCCAUGUGACACUGAUGUGGACAACACCACAGUAGACUGCUACAACAGACCACUCAAGAGAGUCCCCUCUAUCAAGUCUACCACGGUAGUGUCACUCAAUUUAAAUCGGACUAAGAUACAUUACGUGGGCAAAGAUGCCUUUUCAGGUGUCCCAAACCUUGACACUCUGAAGAUAAUGGCGAAUUGUCAACCGGGUCAGCUGAGACCUUCGGAGAAGCCCUGCCAAAUGAAGAUCCACAAUGAUGCCCUCAAGAACCUAUCGAAGCUGAAAUAUUUGUACCUGUCCGGAAACAGCCUCACCUCUAUUCCACGGUUACCGGAAAACCUGACUGUUCUCGACCUAGUGAAUAAUUGCAUCUUCAACAUUGCAGAGCCUUUACUCACUCCACAUCUCAAAGAGCUCUACCUCAGCAAAAACUGCUAUUAUGCAAACCCUUGCAGCCAUCCCUAUUACAUCAACAAGUCUGUUUUCAGAGAGCUCUUAGAGCUAAAGACCCUUACCUUAGGGUAUAAUAAUAUCACAGCUAUCCCUUUGGAGUUGCCACCCUCACUGGUGCGUCUGGAUUUAAGAGAGAAUGCAAUCACAGAGGUCUUAGAAGGAGCAUUUGCCAACCUCACUCUCCUCAAGUAUUUGAAUUUGGAGUGGAAUUGCCAGCGUUGUGACCAUGCAGCCAGGCCCUGCUUUCCUUGCCCACAAAAUCUCCCUCUACAGCUACACCCAAACUCUCUCUAUGCUGAGAACAGCUCCAUAAUUUACCUUAGUUUGAGAGGAAACUCUCUGAAAACAUUUCCAGAGGGUCUUUUCCGACCUUUGAAGAAUUUAAGGAGAUUGGACCUCUCUGACAACCUCCUGGCAUAUGCUAUACGCAAUGGCACGUUUUUUGCCGAGCUGAAGGUCCUCACUUGGAUUAGCCUUAUCUAUAACUAUGAACCACUGAGGACAUUUAAAGAACUGAUCCUCUCACAACAUAUUUCCAAAAUGUCUAGUCUACAAUAUCUUCUUCUGAGUGGUAACUUCUUCCACACGUUUUCAAAUGAGAGCCUUCAGGUUGUGUCCAACCUUCAAAAUCUAAUGAAACUAGAACUGAGAAUGAACUUCCUUAACACUUGCAACUUGACCUCUCUGAAACAGUUACCGUUUCUCAUCGACAUUGACCUCUCCCAAAACAUGCUUCAUUUCCUUCCGUACUACUCGUGUCCGGCAUCUCAGAUUGUGGCACAGAACCAGAAUUUGUACACACGUAAUUUACCUGACCCACGCCUUAUGCUAAUUGAUCGAAAAGCCACAUCUGGAAGUGAUGCCUGGGAAUCCAGCCAGUCAAACAGUGUUGAAUUGUUGGAGGAGAAUUUGUCUAAAAGUAGAUCUAUAUUAGACUUCAAAAACAUUUUCUGCAAUGGUAAACUGACGUUUGACUUGUCUCAAAAUGACAUUCCUUUUAUUUACCAAAAGGUGUUCGUAGGCAUGGAAAACGCUGUUUGUUUAGACCUUUCCUUCAAUUACAUAAGCCAAGCCUUAAAAGGCGGGCUGUUUGAAAGCUUAAAAAACUUAGUUUUUCUUAAUUUGUCAUAUAAUAGACUUGAUUUUUACUUUAUAGAAGCUUUUAGUGAGCUUAAAAACACUCUGAAGGUAUUGGACGUUAGUAACAAUGAAUUUCACUUCAAAAUGAAAGGCAUGGGCCACAGUUUUCAGUUCCUUCAAAAUCUGCCAAAUUUGGAAGUUCUAAGUCUGGCAAACAAUGACAUUGGCAUGCGAAUAGAUCAAAGGCUGAACAGCAGCUCUUUAAAGUACCUGUACUUCUAUGGAAAUCACCUAGACAUUAUGUGGGAUUACGAUAACAACGGGUACACUCAUUUCUUCCAAAACCUGACAAACCUAACCUACCUUGACAUCUCUAACAAUGAUCUGGAGUCAAUCUUGCCAGAAGUGCUGCGUAACCUUCCAGAAAGCUUAAAGACCCUCCUAGUCGGCGACAAUCGGCUGAAAUAUUUCCCAUGGGAGCACAUCUCCACGCUCAGCAAUUUAUAUCACCUGAACCUCAGUCAUAACGCCCUCUAUUUUUUGCCUAAUAAAGCAAUAGCAUUUGGAGCAAAUUUUACUCUCUUGGACCUCAGUCACAAUCAUCUUUCUAUUAUUCCUGAGGAUUUCUUCAGGGUGGCGAUAUCCUUGCACUGCCUGUAUCUCAACCACAAUCAGAUCAAAGCGUUGAACCAUCAGUUUCUCCCUGCCCCCUUUAAAAAUGGUAGUGCCCUUCAGAAACUCACCCUGCAUGUCAACCCCUUUAAAUGUGAUUGCGAUACAUCCUGGUUUGCGGAGUUCUUGCGUACUACUCCGAUACGGAUUCCUUAUCUCACCACACACGUACACUGUGAUUACCCAGAGUCCCAACAGGGCGAGAGUGUUCUGUCAAUGGACCAGCAUUCCUGCCAGGACAUAUAUGGUAGCUUAGCCUUCCUCGUCUGUUCCUUCUUUGCUGUGACCUUCACAGUUGUGCCCCUACUGAAGCAUCUCUAUGGCUGGGAUCUGUGGUAUUGCUUACAAGUACUUUGGGCAGGACACAAGGGCUACUCCCAGCUCACUGGAAGUGAUUCACAUUAUCAAUAUGAUGCUUUUGUGGUGUUUGACACCGGGAACCAGGCUGUGAGGGAUUGGGUCUACAAUGAGUUAACUGUCAAUCUGGAGAACUCCGCUCACAGGAGUUUUAGUCUCUGUUUGGAGGAGAGGGACUGGAUUCCUGGGCUUUCAUGUAUUGAAAAUCUACACAAUGCUGUCAACAGCAGCGUGAAGACGGUGUUUGUGCUAUCAAGUGGUGCAACUGGUGGUGAGACGGUGAACGGUGUAAUCCGCCAGGCUUUCUUCAUGGUUCAGCAGCGCCUUCUGGACGAGAAGGUGGAUGUAGCUAUGCUGGUGCUGUUGGAUGAGAAGUUUCCCAAACUGAAGUACCUUCAGUUGAGAAAACGGUUGUGCAAAAAGUCUGUGUUGUCCUGGCCGAGAAACCCAAGGGCCCAACCACUUUUCUGGAACCGAUUGAAAAUGGCACUGUCGUCAGAUAACCUCAAAUUCUAUGACAACAACAUGAGUGAAAGUUUUGCAUGACUUACUUUUAUCUGCUAAUAGAGAGAAAGAGAAAAGAAAGUCCUAUUUGUCUUCCCAUUACCUCAUUUUGUCAAACUUCCCCCUCCUUCCCUUUUUUAAUAUGCAUCUAUCAUUUUUUUUUAAUCUUCUUCCAUGUACUGUAAAUGUUUAAUUUUUCAAGAUUUUGUUCUAUUGUUUUAUCUAAGAAAAAUGAUUCUUUACUUGUGUGAGUGCCUUGGCCAGGAGAGGACACAUUGCUAUUAAGUUAACCAAGACACUGUUCAUUGUACAUAGACAUUGAGACAUUGAUAUUGGAUUAUACAAAU